AAGCCGGCGGUUCUUCGGUCUAUUUUAAGGAUUCCGCCGGGCGGAAGGAUCUGUCUGAUCUUUGUAAAUAUUUUCAACCGCGCAGUGGCCAGUCGCGCGCUUCCCUCCCACUGGUCCCGACCGGAUUACCGGUGCGCGCUCGCUGUGGAGCCGUCACGUUUUUCUCCUGAAGAAGGAGAGGAAGAAGAAGGAGAAGGAGAAGAAGCACGUUGCCCGGGAGAUAUUUACCCCCCGGUGUAUUUUUAAUUUGUCGCGGAGGAGCUGCGGGCAGCAUGCUGCUCUCCAAACUGGGCUCCUUCCCUCACAUCUCGUCCAGCAUGGACGUGCCGGCGAAGCUCCAGCAAGCCAAAGCGGAGAAGCAGCCGUUCGAGAAGCUCUACCGAGUGGGUUCGGUACUCGGCAGCGGGGGGUUCGGCACCGUCUACUCGGCCGUCCGCCUCGCCGACGGGCUGCCGGUUGCAGUGAAGCAUGUGAGCAGGGACAGGGUGACCGAGUGGGGCUCUCUGUGCGGCGCCGUGGUUCCUCUGGAGGUGGUUCUGCUGAAGAAGGUGGGCGGGGCGUUUGCCGGCGUGGUGCGGCUGCUGGACUGGUGGGAGCAGGCGGACGGCUGGCUAAUGGUGAUGGAGCGCCCCGAGUCGGGCCAGGACCUGUUUGAUUACAUCACGGAGCGCGGCGCGCUGGACGAGGCGGCGGCGCGUGGCUUCUUCCUGCAGGUGCUGGAGGCGGUACGUCACUGCUACACCUGCGGGGUCGUCCAUCGAGACAUCAAGGACGAGAACCUGCUGGUGGACCUGAGGACCGGACAAAUACAGCUGAUCGACUUUGGCUCGGGCGCCCUCCUGAAAGACGGCGCCUACACGGAGUUCGACGGCACGCGGGUGUACAGUCCUCCCGAGUGGAUCCGCCGGCGCCGGUACCACGGCCGCUCGGCAACGGUCUGGUCUCUCGGCGUGCUGCUGUACGACAUGGUGUGCGGGGACAUCCCCUUCGAGCACGACGAGGAGAUCCUGCGAGGACGGAUCUACUUCAGACGGGACGUCUCUGCAGAGUGCCAGCAGCUGAUUGGCCGGUGUCUGAGCCAGCAGCCGUCUGACCGGCCCACCCUGGAGCAGAUCCUCCUGCACCCCUGGGUGACGUGCGGCGAGGUUCAGCAGACGGACCCCGACGGCGUCACGCCAGACUCCUCCUCCAGCCAGCAGAGCCUCUGAUUGGUCAUGGCCCGGGCUGCAAGGAAGACCUUUUCUUUCUGUGAGCGCCUCCUCCUGUUCACGGAUGGUGGGGCAGCUCCGUUUAAAGACCUCCAUCCCCCCUUGUUUGCGGGGGGGUUCCCCUCUGAGUGCCUUGAGGUUGAAAGCUGUUGGCCGGGAGGGUUUGUCACAGGUUCCGUUCGUUACGAUUUAAAAAACGCUGUCCGGAGACAAAUCCAGGUAGUUUCCAAAGAAAAUGUUGGGUUUCUUUUGUUUGUUUAAAUGAGACACGGCGCAGUAACGAGUUUUAUGGUUUCAGUCGGGAGGGUUUUUCACUCCCCGUCUUUAUGCUAAGCUAAGAGGGGUAAACAUCUUCUCAUUUUACACUCAAUGUUUUCCUGUUCUACGAGGAACCACCUCCAAGCAAGCCCCGCCCAUCGGGUGAUGUCAGCAUUAAGCACCUCCCACCCUGCCACUGGUUGGUGGGCCACAUCCUAAAGUAAACCCUCUCAGUCUCACUUCUGAUACAUAAAAAUGAACUUUCUGAUACUUUUACUGCAUUUCCGUUAAAACCGACACAUCACAUGCGUACCUCAUCAUUUCGUUUGAUUUACAAACAGUCAAGGAUGUUUCCUGAUUUAAAAUACAAAAUGACAUUUAUUAAAAAAUAUAUAUAUUUUAAAUCAGGAAUGAUUUUUUUUUUUUUUUU